UUUUUUAUCUUCUUGAAUCUUUUCUCCGAAGUAAUCUUGAUUUUCUUCUGAUUAAUUUUUUUUUUUUGCUGUUUAGUUUCCCCCUUUUCGAGUACUAGAUUUCGAUUGCAUCCAUCUUUCUUGCCAGUUUAUGGAUUUUGCUUUGAUGAUUAAAGCGGAUUAUCUGACAUUGGGGAGAUGACAGGUGUAGAGAUCGGUGGAACAUCCAAAUCGAAGCCGCUCACCAUGUCUGCUUUGCAAGCAGUUAUUCGGCGCCUCCACACCUCCGCCCAGUCUCCCCGUCUCACUAGAUUCUCCCUCCACCCUCCUAAGUCCGUAGAGGUGGAAUUCUCUGAUGGCAGUGUAUUUAAUCUUUCAGCCGAAUUUCUUAGAGUAUAUAGCCCUGCUGUUGACAGCAAAAUUAGGUCAAUCAAUGGUGAAAAGGUGAUAUCUGGACGACAACAUGUUGGUAUUAUGUCAGCAGAACCUGUAGGAAACUAUGGGGUCAAGAUAGCUUUUGAUGACUUGCAUAAGACUGGAAUCUACACAUGGGAUUACUUUUAUCAUUUGGGUUCCAACAAGUUUACCCUCAUGCGAGACUACAUUAAAACCCUGAAAAAGCAUGGCCUUAGACGGGAUCCCCAGAGAAGGAAAUGAUGUGGAAUUUGUCAGUAAUGCGUCAGUGACAGAAGAGAAUGUGAACAAGGCAGAGAACAUGAAUGAGGCUUCUGGCUGUAUUGAAAUUUCAUAGUCAAAGUCUAAUAAUGUUACCAAGAGACUGGAAAUGUGUGCAGCUGAAUUGAGCGAGAGGGCUGUUGAUCUAGUACUUCUGGAAGCUUUACAUUCAAAGUCAAGGUAAUGUUUCUAAUUAUGGACAAGCUUUGGAUGUUGACUUAUGAAAUUCUUGUACUUAUCAAUGAGAUGCACUCAAUUAUGAGACCUCAGAAAGUUUUCAAUCUGAGGUUAUUAUGUUGGCAAUGCCAUUAUGAACUCAGUAUUGCGGCAGAGGCAAGUUGGUUGGAGCCCAUUAGGGCAUAUUAUAUUUCUGAGAUCUUUCGAGUGAGAAGAAAGUUGCAACUGCAGUUUGAUCUAUUAUGUUAAAUAAAUCAACAAAGCUGUUCUAGGAAAUUACACCACAUAAAGAUUCAUUUAGAUCUAUGAAUUUCCUCUGGAGGCAUUUAGACAAGUAUGGUUGAUGGACAUUCAGAUUCAUAAGAAACUAUGAGAAAUUAUGUUUUCAGUCUUUA